AUGGGAUGGGUUGCGAAUGGGACGUGUGGAUGCCCGGUGGAUGUGAAGGGUUCACUUUCAAUUCAGGUUCGCUCAGGUGGGUGCAACCAUCCUACCACCCUGCUCCUGUCCGUCCUGUGUCCUCGCCCUCGCACUCACUCACGCACUCAUGCACGCACUCAUACAUACUCCAAGCUGGAGUCGGAGACUCGGAGGAGUCCAGCUGCUGAUGCCGCUGCUCACUGCACAAAUCCCCCAAUGUCACUCAAAUCCAUCCUCGACAUGUAGUGUAGUUUCCUCCCCCCCUCUCUUUCACACUCGCGCAGGCGCUGUGCUGACAUGGAUACACCCUCAUCCACACAUAGGCUCUCCUCUCACUUUAACUCUCACUCUCACAGCCUGCUUGUCCCCUCGCUCAGCGCCGGCCACGUCCGCUUCUCCCGCGGCACCUCAUCCUCGUCCUCAUCCUCAUCCUCAUCCCAAGGCCCAAGGUUUGGUCUGGGUCUACCUGCAUAGCUCAGCACAGUCUACCCGUAUGGAUACAUACACAGUCUGUGCCUUAUGCACAACUGACCGCGGCUCGAGCCCUGUCAUGUCCUGUCCUUUCCUGUCUCUCCGCUGCUUUGCUUACCUUACCUUACCUUAGCUUUGCUGGCUUGCCUUGUCUGCCCUGCCCUGGCCCCUAGAGACCCUCCAUGACCCUCCCCUUUCUCUUCCUCCCAGGGCCCGAGAGUCAAGAGAGUUGACCCCCUUGCUCCCUUGGUCUCCCGAUACCUCCACCCAAAUAUGAUCUUCUUACUGCCAAGGGGGGGGGGGGUACCCGGUGGACGACGAGAGAGGGCCCCCCUUCUUGCUGCUCGCCCAUGCCCUGCCGCCACCCCAGCGCCUACCUACACAGUACCGCGCGACUUACACCCACGUCGGCUUGCACACGCACACGCACACACUCUCUCAGCGCUCUCGCUCUGUGAUGAUGGGUCGACAAGACACAUCAAUACAUCUUCCGCCUCUCACCCCCCUCCUCUCCCGUCACUCCUUCUUCCCACUCCUCCUGUCAUUGUUUUUUGUGCCCUUUCUCUCUCGUCAAGCCUCGUCUGUGCGCCUACAGGCCCUUGCCUAGACAGAUCGACUAUCUCGCCCUCAAGACCUUGGAGGACUUGAGCAGACCUUGCUGUCUCACCUCUGCGCGGCCCUGCCUGACCCUUCCUCAUCCCGCUUGUCGUUCCCCAUUCGAUCUAAAAGCAGACAAGCUCCCCUCGAUCUGCUGUUCCGAUUCCCGCGCCUCUCUCACACACCCACGCUCUCUCUUCACAUCUCUCUUAAUAUCACCAGGCUCUCAGCCCUCUGACCUCAGUCACUCUUUCACUCAACUCUCUGGUUCUGAAGACUUGGUCCUGCGGCGUCUAAACACUGCCGAGAACAUAAUACGCAUGCCUAUCCCCGUUAUUACACUGGUUCUACACUCGCUCUGCACACAUUCGUUACCGUCGCCAUCGUGUUAACCACCGAGCCCCCCCGUUGAGCGGUCUACCCUCGAGCUUAGCCAACUUUGUCACAUCAGUAGCUAUGGCGUUCUACCCAAACUACCAGACUGCGUCAGCAUACGAUUAUGGCUUCAGCACUCCUUUCCCCGGAGCACCUCUGUAUCAGAGUGACUACAUGGAAAUGCUACGACAGCAACAGGCAAUGAUGAGCCGGGGCCUGUACCCAUCAGCCGGAGGAAAGGCUACCGAAUCCAAACCGAGACUUGCCAAGGAUGAGGUCGACAAGCUUGAAAGGGAAUUCCAGAAGAACAACAAGCCCAACAGCAGCUUGAAGAAGCAGCUUGCCGAAGAGAUGAGGGUGGACAUUGCGAGGAUUAAUAACUGGUUCCAGAAUCGGCGAGCAAAGGCGAAGCAGGAGAAGAGAACACAGGAAAAUGAGGCUCGCCGCAAGUCUGAACAGGCCACCGAGACGUCCACAAGCUCCGAGACUAUCAAGGAGUCCUUCCACGACCACGACGACGACCUUCGCCCGUCUGCUGCUCCAUUCCCACCCGUUCACGUAUCAACCGACGCGUCGUCUGUUAGCGAAGCAUCACCCUCGGCGGAAGGAACUCAGACCCCAGAGCCCACAUUUGAGCAGCCGCAGGUCGUUACGCAAGAGCCGGAUUCAGAAUACGCCUCGCCCGACUCAUCCAACUCUUUCCAGCACCAGGAUCUCAACAUCGGCUACUCCCUUGGUCCCGAUCAAUUCUACUCUGGCCAGACACCCUGCGAUUUCUCGGCACCCAUGCCUUCAGAGGUCAUCCAACAAACACCUAACCACUUGACUCUUUCGAUUCCCAGCCAGUACUUGACGACACAGCUUCCCGAGUCAACUAGUGCCUCUUCGUUCUCGUCUUACCACCUGAGCGCAAGCGACAUGGACGAGUCUUUCGCUUCUUUCCCGCACGGCCUGGCUACCGGCAUGACUAGCCCCAUUCCGAUCAACGUCAAGCAGGAGCAAAUGCAAAGCGAGGAUCUCGACAAAUUUGAUCAGUUCUCUCCCCAGUCAAUGUCUCGCUCCCCUCCCGAAAUCUCCACACCAGACUUCCGAUUCAAGUCUGGCUCGACCAUCGACAUUGCCAGCAGAAGAAACUCCAAGAGGCCCGCUGCCCUCGUCAGCUGCGUGCGCAGCCAGUCCUACAACUUCUCGGGCCCGAAGACCGGCAUCGAGAUGCCCAGACGUAUGGAGGCACCUAGUCCGAUGCGCCGCGUUGCAUCCGCGACAGGAAACUUCCCGAGGGGAAUCCAAAAGCCGGCCGGUUCAGGCCCGAGAUCGCCAAUGUACUUUGACCGUGCCCAGGAGAACCUCCUCUUGCAGAUGGCCUCAAGGUCACCGAUAUCGCGAAGCCCAGCAGCGCCACCAACCCCAAACACACCAAUUGUCCCCAGCCAGCAAGCUUUGCGUGAGACCACCGUCUCAUCCAUGUCCUCGGCCGAGGAUGACAAGAGCUACAGCAUGCAAAACAGCCUGACAGUACCGCAGUAUGCCAUGGACCCUACCAUGAGGACCCCGCCAGACACCCCCGGCAUGAUGACGACGAUGCCGAACUCUCUGUUUCCCGCGUUCGACUACAACGUUUCCGAUGAGCCGCUGUCGACCCCAAGCUUCGGCAGUUUUGAUCAGGAGUUCCCCAACAUGUCGUCGAGCGUCCCGAGCUAUGUCGCACACGGUUGCGCAAGCCAGCCAGUCACACCUUCAUUCCCUCCCAACAACAUGGGACCGGCAUUCUACUCAUCGUACGGCGGUGGCAACACCGAGUACAACUGGUCGGAUGCCUCAUCCGUCUCAGUCAAGCCGUCACCCGAGCAAUCACGGUCAAGACAGUUUCAGUUCACCAACAUGACUGCACAAGAUUUCCACGGGGAAUGAGGUGUCGUUCAAAACGUGGCUUGAACCUUACAUCGGCCUUGCUGAGUAGAGUUUCGAGGGGGUUCGAUUUGUCAUCGCAGCAGUCAAAAAAACUUGCUCAUCAUGUAUACUUGGCGCUGUACAACUACCCAGGUUUUUCUACUGCGUGGAUUUUCACUUUGUACAUACAGCGAUUUGCUUUAUCACUGGGCCAUCGGCGCUUCACCGGGACAACCUUUAUACUUGGACUACACGGGUCCUCCUUCUCCUUAUUUUUGUUUAUCUCUCUUCGUCUGCAGCAACGAUUUUCCUUUCUCAUGAUACCUACUGCAUACACCAAAGAAACAAAUCUCUUUACCUAAUGUAAUGAUAUACAUACGGCUUAUGUCCUGCUGGCGGCGGCGCUGUUUGUGGCUGGGGAGGGUGGGGGAGGAAAAAAGGGACCUGGAUAUCCCAUUGGAAGCACAGGACAGGUGGUGGGAUGGUUCGAGGUUACGUGUCUUCAAUCGUGUUGGGUCGGAAUAUGCCAUCAACCUCUGAAGUGUUCGCGGCGGCGUGAGGGGAAGAACUCGACCCUGCAUGGAUGUCGCAGAGCAGGUCAGCACGUAUAGGAUUGCAAAGUUCGAGGUGCAGGAUGGGCUGGGUUGGGCUUGGAUAGAUGGAUGGAUGGGAAGGAUAGGAUAGGGCGUUCAUCUUCCAGCGAUCUACCUCGAGCUUCAGGUUAGGAGACGCCGAACUUCACCUUUAGGGAGGUCCAAAAUCAAAAAAGUAUUUGCCGCACAGUCCACCGGGCACCCUGUUCGCUUCUGGCGAUUAUCAGAUGGAAUCGCUUGCCCGGUGUAGUCUCCACCCACACCGAGGGUAUCGCGCCUUCCCAUGAGUGUCGUAUGGUAUAUAAGGGGUCAGAUGUGCCCGUCCUUUCGCCCACCGGACGCGGUGGGACAUGGGACGUCGACGGGCGUUGAGCCGCAGUAGCCGAGCGGGUUGUAGUCCAGCUGGUAGAAACUUGAAUCUUGAGACAGAACUGCCC